ACCAGUACAGCCUCUGACACCACCAGUACUGCCACUGAGACCACCAGUACAGCCUCUGACACCACCAGUACAGCCUCUGACACCACCAGUACAGCCUCUGACACCACCGGUACAGCCACUGACACCACCAGUACAGCCACUGAGACCACAGACACCACCAGUACUGCAGGUGAAACCACCGCCACUACUACAACUGUAACUGACACCACUACAACUACUACUACAGGUGAAACCGCCACAACAUCUACCGCAACUGACCCCACAUUUGCUGAGACAACAGUAAAACCGCUAGGUGUUGAUCGUAUGGGGCGGAAGAUCUUCAAGAAAUGUAUCUGUAGGUGCCGAAAUCUGAAGGCAGCACCAAGCAAACCAGAGGCAGUGGCAGAGAAAGUGACAGAACUGAAGAAAAAUGUAUCCGUCAACUCUAAAGACAUGACAAAAUCAAUCCUGAAGAAGACAAGUCGUGUGGACAAGAGGUCUUCUGCUGUUGUGAUUGGUUGGGCGUAUCUGAUUGUGGUGGCUGUUCCCUUCAUGGCAGUUGUCUUUGGCGACAUCUUGAAGGUCAUGACAUGGUUCUGUAUCAGGUAUAAUAAGUGAAUGACAUAGAGACUAACAAAUUACGAUCAAUAUGAUACUGGAUUAAAAACAGGCUCAAUGUAACAGUAACUGCUGUGCUUCUCUAGUCUAAGUGUGACAGUGGGACUGUUGUACUUCUCUUUUCUAAGUGUGACUAUAGUACUUCUCUAUUCUAAGUGUGGCUGUUGUACUUCUCUAUUCCCAGUGUGACUGUUGUACUUCUCUAUUCUAAGUGUGACUGUUGUACUUCUCUUUUCUAAGUGUGACUGUUGUACUUCUCUAUUCUAAGAGUAGCCGUUGU